CAAGCGCCAUCCCCUACAUUAUCCUCCCCCCAAGCAUCGCCCACCAUUGGUAGUCUAUUCCUAUUCAUGACGAUCCUUUCUUGAACCUGAUCGCCUUUCAGAAUCAGUCAUUAAACCUCCGUCUCGAAUUUCCAGCGCACUGCCCUGGGAUUGGUCCACCAUCGUCGCCGGGUGAGACAUUGCCCCACGCCGCAACCUUGAUCUUCUUCUUCUACUCCGCAGAGCUCUGUCAUUAUUGUGUGGGCGACCGACCAAGCAUUGCGACCAUCAGAACAAUGGGCCAGGUUUUCGCAUCCUGAACGCCUGCUCGCACGCACCCUGGGUGCUUCGAGCUCAUUUUCACCAUGCCCCCCUCCACCGUGUUCUCCUACUGGCGUCGCGAGCACCGCCGAUCGAGUGCUUCCCCCGUCUCGCCCUCCUUACAGCCCACCUCCAAAGGAUCGGUCGCAAGCAAUCCUCCUCAACUGCCUAUACUGCCGAACACGAAGACCGCUCUCGCGGCGCUUGGGGGAUCGUCCGUGGAAGUUCCGAUCAACCCUCAAGGGGAAUCCGAUGCUGCGAAAAGAAACAUCGCCAUAUCCGUUACCCCCACCAAUGCGCCAGGCUCCUCUUUAACGAAUCUUGCGAAUCUCACGGUGCCCUCGUCCGAAAGCCACGCUCAACCCCAUUCAACCCCCGAUGAGCACGAAGACUCAACCAUCGCCUCCCAGUUGAACUACUCGCAGUCAUCCUUUGCCGCGCCGCGCUCAGAUCAUGGCGACGGUGAUUCGCCCAAACCGAGCUCCCCGUUUCGACUGUCCUUGGGCAAAAAUCUGCUGAGCUCGCACAAUCUCACUUCCGACCACUAUACCAAACGCUCAUCGACUCCCGGUCUGUCGUCGUCCGGUCAUUUCCGGUUCAGGACCUCUCCAGAUAUUUCCCCAGCGGACAAGACAACAAUCCCGUCACACAAGGACAAGGAAUACAAAGGUGAAAAUGCAAACGGUCGCCGGUCUGCAGACCGGGAUGGGUCUACGGAACACGCUCAUCACAAACUCGGGAAGACCCGGCUUCACCUGCUGAACCCGAUGUCUCUGUUGGCCAGGAGGCGUUCUUCCAACCUGGCCAGCCUGCGGAUGGAGGAUACGAGCAUCCGCGCCCGCAAUAUAGUCCCUGCUAUCCCAGACGACUAUGAUCCCAGAAUCCGCGGCAAUAUCGUUCAUGACUUCUCUGCUCCCCGUCCCCGUCGCAACCUGUCCACGGCACCUGUUCUUUGGCAUGAUGUCAACAACCAAUCCGGCCCACCCGAUGCAGCCUACACAGGAAAUGGGAAUUCUGUGCACGGCCAUGACCAAACUGCCCAAAUAGGCGAGCAAAAGAAACGCCAUACACAGUACUCCCCUGUCUUCAGGGAACACUUUGAGGAAGAUCAAAAGGUGUUGCAGGUUGAGAGCAAAGCAUAUCUGCAGUCCUCGUUGCUGACAGAGCAGUCUCAUGCCGAGAAUGACCCCAGCGCACUUCCUGUGUUUGCAAGGAGAUUACCCUCCAAGCUACCGGAUCAAGCCGGGCCCUCUGUGUCACCAAGCGACCAGGCAACGCCUAACCAAGACGACCAGCACAACCUCCCCAGUAACAUCGGAACCGCAAGUAUACAAGAUGCCGACACGAUCGAGGUUAUACCACAUCAGUCAUCCGGCUUGCCUAAACAUCUCAAGAGCAACGCCUCCCGGUUCAGUUUUGACAUGAAUGGCGUCGAAUCCUCCACUCAGGAGAAAUUAUUGGAAGAGAAACAUAAGGAAAAGGAGGCCGCAAGAAGGGCCAAGGCACGAAUGGAAGGCAUAGGUCUCAGCGAUGGCGAGGACGACUAUGAUGAUGAUAUGUUUGACGAUAUGGAUGACUUUGAAGAGAAGAUUCCAGGUGUCAAUGUCGACGCUGAUGAGGACGAUGAGUUCGCCGGCUUCUCUGGCCCGGGAAAUGCACUUAACAAAUCCUGGUUUGCGCCCAGCCUCUCGCCAAUCCUUGCUAGUCCCCUUCCUCCUGGGUUGACGGACUCUCAAGAUAUACAAGAUAUGCAGGACAUGCAGGACCUGCAGGACUUGCAGGAAUCGGCUCAGGGGUCCUUGGCAGACAACCCAGAACCUCUACCCGUAUCCGAACCUGUUGUCUCUGAUAUUGCAACCGAUAUUCAAUCAUUAUCAGUGGCAACGAAUCCCAAUAAUAUUCCACAGGUCACCGUAGACUUACAUCCUCAGGCCUCGCAGCCGAUGGAAGACGACGACGAUCUGUACUUCGACGAUGGGGAGUUCGGUGAUCUGUCUACGGAAGACGCGGGCGACAAAUUUGACGAGUCAAUUUUUGACGAUGAGACAAGUCACCUUUACGAUCGAAAACCGGCGGCUCAACAACCUGUUCCUGAGCCUGCGCAGCUGGACAGCCGGGAUCAUAAUUCGCUGGACGUCACUGCCGAGCCUGACGAUUCUGUACUAGAGUCAGAUGAUGGCGGUCUUAGGCACGUUCCUAGCAUGGCAAGCGACUAUCGAAAAGGGUCGAUCAGAGCCUACGGUCAUACUCGUGAGAGCUUGCCUAACUUAGGGUCCGCAAAAGCUCAUGGUGGGGUGCUGUCCGAGCACAACCUCGAAGCUUUCCACAAUGCUUUGGCUCAAGCCGCCAGUGAAGCAGCCACAAAUGACAGGUUUGGACGUGUAGUCAGCGUCAGCGAGCGGUCACUAGGUCAAGAGAGCUCUGCCCAAACAAUAGACAGCCCUUCGGGGCUCAUUUCAGAUGAUAGCCGCUUGAGCCAGACGGUCGACAUGGUUGGUUUCGAAGAAGCGUUUGAGGAUUUCAGCUACGAUGAUAACGAUGCUGCAUAUUUCGACGACCCUAUCAUUGCUGCAGCGAACGCGGAAGCCUUGGAAAAUGAUGACGAGGGAUUCUAUGGUCAAGAAUUUGGAUUCUAUGCGCAAUCACAUGGGGGCUGCAACGCCGAACUCACCAAUGGUGGCUACUUCGGUCCACGAGGCGUCGAGGGCAUUUCUCGCAGCUUCAGCAGUCGGGGGAAAUUCCGCGAGCCAAGCCUGACCCCCAUCACGGAACGCAGUGAAUGGAGCACACGCAACUCGGUCAUCUCGCUCUCAGCCCACGGUGCCGCCCAUUCCAACCCCAUCGCCAGCCCUGGCUUGGCUCAGCUCGUGGACCUUGGUGCCAUGGACGACGAGAUGUCUUUGAGUGCACUGAUGAAGCUUCGACGUGGUGCCUGGGGCGGAAGCAAUGGGAGCCUCCGUAGCGGCAGUGGCAGUCCUCCUCCAUAUUUACACUCGUCGUCAAACCGGGCGAGCUUCAUUUCCGACGCCAGCCCAACGGUAUAUACCACGCCGCCGGAUGCGUUUGGCAGUGCGACAGAGUCCCCCAUCAGGGAAUCUGACAAGUUCCGGUGGUCCCAGCACGCUCUGGAGCAGCGUGUGGGACAGUCGCCAGCGGGUGAGAGGGAGCCAUAGAUCUGCAACCAAAACGACAGGGGUCGAUCGGUCAUAUGCGCCCGAGCUGGCAAGUAGUCAGAAGGGCAUGCAUGUGACCAGCCGCAGAUCGGUCCCGGGAAAGGUUGGAUAUACCAACCGAGAAGAGGGGGAGAGUAUAUACCAUCUGGAAUUGUUACAUAAGGGGUUCUUGGGUCUGAGAUAUAAUGAUCGUAAUGCCUGAUAUAUAAUGCUUCACUGCCAGACCGCAGCGACUUGUACUGUUAUGAUUUGAUGAUUGGAUGUUGGGUUAUUUAUGUUGCAUAUACAGCUUGGGAGGGAAUCAAUCGGGUGCCCGUUGGGCCUCUUGACAUGCUGCGAGGGGGGAUGGGUUGUAAUCUGCACGCAUAUCCCGAACGUGUCCAGACCCUGGGAUCCAGGGGAAUGAC